GUUCGUUCGUUCGGUCGGUCGGUCCGUCGAUUGGUUGCAAAAGGAAAGGAGAACAAAAACAUAUUCACCGCCGCUCAGCCUGAGAGCCCCAGACAAAACUUUGCCAGAAGCAGAUACCGAUCGCUGUGUCGCCAGUUCGGUCGUGUGCUGUGUUUCAUUUUCGUUGGGUGAAAUUGUUGUUAUUGCUGCAAUCAUUAUUAUUGUUAUUACUAUAUCGUUGCAACGCAUCGCUGCUUCGAAUAGCGUUGUGAAUGUGUUUGAUAUCAACUUCAUCAGAGCAACAGCGGCAACAACAGUGGAGUAAACGCGACUCCUUUUUAUCCGCCGGCGGCUGGAGGAGAGUGUGACCUUUGUUGUGGGCUGACGCGGUUCGAUACGCGCGGAGUGUAUUAACUCGUUUGUUUUGAAACAUUCUUACGCCUCGCGCCUCGCGGGUAGUGGUAAAAUUCGAUUCGGCGAUUCAAACUCGCGACCUGUAUUGCGUUGUGGAACAAGUUUGGCAGCCAACAACGUUGUCCGCACGCGUCCGACGGUUGAGGCGCAAUCGAAGCGGGGUAGGGAACAAAGCCCAAAACGUGACCUCACGCGAUGCUGUGGUUUGGGAGCAGCGAAUGAGACGAGAAGUAAUCAUCUUGGCAGAUCGUUUUUAUUUCUGUACCGUUUUACUCCGAGUGCUGCUUCACCACUGUUGGCUUUACAGUUCGAGGUUGCAGUAAAAUCUUUCUUUCUCUCGAAACAGCUGUAAAGAAGCAUUGGUGGCGUUGGCUGCAAGAUAUAUAGAAACGGGCAACUUCUUGUCGCGCAAGAAGGCCAAAGAAAUUAUAAUAUUGAAAGAAGAAAUAAACAAAUACACUGCUAGCCGGAAGCCGUCAUUCUUGGGGGAAUUCAGCCGAUUUGAGUUUGUGAAAGUGUGUCGUCUGUGUCAGUGAUGCGAUGUUCAUUUGUGGUUGGCUAAAUAGUGGAAGAAAUAGCUAAGAAAAGCAGAAAUAUAUGUAUAGGUUCAUUAAUUAGUGGCAAAUUGAAGGAAGCCCAACAGGUUGCAACAGCAGUGGAUCCUCCUAGCUACAAACGCUAAGUAGAGAGAGGAAGUUUCGGCUAAUGAGUUUCUGCCGAAUAACCUAGACAUAGUGGCAAACGAAUCGUCCGGGGACGACGUUUUCUUUACCUCCCCGCUGAUGGCCGCGCUCGGGUAGAAUGUGAUGCGUCGCGACUUCAAACAUAGCGCAAAAUAAAUUUUGACAACGGCGAGUCAAAACAUUGCUUAACGGGCGCACGGCGCGCUUCAAGUGUGUUGUUUAUUUGGCUGGAAUCUGCGAGGAGCGCUCAAGCGGUUUGGUUUUCGCAUUAGCCGACUGUUUAUUACCUUCCGAAUUGCACCCGUGAAGCGGCCGCGAUUGUUCUGCACAGUAAGUUGCUGGAGAAUUGCGCCGAAUAUUUCGUUCUGCGGUUGAGCAAGAAGCUUAUUUUUCCAUAUCGAAGAUCUCAGAUUGUCACACUGGCCUCCCCGAGUAAUACCGUUCCGCCCGUUUUGUGGCGAGCACGUCGAAAAGCCGGCCUGCACCUGCGCAGCAUAGAAGAGCCUCAGAGCAGAAUGCCCGCCGAGCAGGGGGGCACAGUGGGGCUCGAUACUUCGUUGGGUUCUCGUUCUGGUGUCCCCCUGCCGCUACAGCUUCAGCCAGCUUCUCAGCAGUCGCAGUCCGUGCCGAACAGUAUUUCGGGUCUAAACCAUCACCAGCUGGCCCUAAACAAUCACCACCACCAUCCGCACCACCACCUCCACCACAAUCACCACUACCAGCAUCAUCACAGUGGCGGGGGCAUACCGGUGGCCAGCAACUCGGGCAGCAAUUCCAGCUACGAUGCCGAAUUCGCUCGGAUGGAAGCCUGGCUGGACGAGAAUCAGGAGUUCGUCCAGGAUUAUUUCAUACGAAAAGCCACCAGAAACAUGGUCGACGGGUGGCUUGUUUCGCAUGCCACACCGAUGACGACGGGGGGAACCGGCAGCAGUAUGGACUCGCCGACUCACGGUGCUGCGGUGCAAGCCAACUCGAGCCGGGGUGGGUCCGGAGCCACAACUCCUGUGAGGAAAAUAUCCGCACACGAGUUCGAGCGCGGUGGUCUGUUGAAACCCAUAGUAAACACCAUCGACGGGACGCCCACUUUCCUCAGCAUCGGAUUGCAAAGCGACUGUCCGCUUUCGGGCAGUGGUCCGAGCCAAAAUGGCACAGCCGGUGGAGCGAGUGGUAGCCAACGGGUGCAGAGGUUAUCCCGCAACGAAUUGCGGCAGUUAGAUGAAAGAGAGCUCAUCUUUGAACUGGUGAAGGACAUAUGCAAUGACCUCGAUGUGCGAUCGUUGUGCCAUAAAAUUUUGCAAAACGUCUCAAUUCUGCUGAACGCGGACCGGGGCUCUCUGUUCCUGGUGCGAGGCAAAAGUACCUGUGGCAGUGAUCAUACCAAAAAAUGUUUAGUUUCUAAAUUAUUCGACGUCUGCUCGAGCAGCACGCUGGAGGAAAUGGAACAGCAGGAUGAGGUGCGAGUCGCGUGGGGCAUGGGAAUUGCGGGACACGUCGCCGAGAGCGGAGAGCCCGUCAAUAUACCCGAUGCGUACCAGGAUGACCGCUUCAACCGGGAAAUAGAUGUACAAACUGGCUAUCGUACAAAGGCACUGCUCUGUAUGCCCAUCAAGGAUGUCUCCGGAGAUGUGGUUGGAGUGGCGCAAGUGAUCAACAAACAGGGUGACCAAUGUUUUUCUUCCGCUGAUGAAAAGGUAUUUGCAGCCUAUUUGCAGUUCUGUGGGAUAGGACUGCGCAACGCUCAACUGUAUGAAAAGUCUCAGCUGGAGGUGAAGCGCAACCAGGUCCUGCUGGACCUCGCCAGGAUGAUUUUCGAAGAGCAGAGCACAAUCGAGCACAUGGUGCUCCGGAUAUUAACCCACAUGCAGAGUUUAAUUCAAUGCCAAAGAGUUCAGAUCCUACUGGUGCAUGAGGCUUCCAAGGGAAGCUUCUCGCGCGUAUUUGAUUUUGAAGCUAAUGAUCUCAGCGGAAACGAGAGUGACACCAGGACGAGUCCUUUCGAGUCCCGCUUUCCCAUCAACAUAGGCAUCACUGGUUACGUGGCCACAACCGGCGAGACCGUGAACAUAUGCAAUGCGUACGAAGACGACCGCUUCGAUCCGAGUGUUGACGAUGGUCAAGGCUUCCGCCAUAAAACGAUCCUUUGUAUGGCGAUCAAAAAUUCGCUAGGUCAAAUUAUUGGCGUAAUACAACUGAUCAACAAGUUUGACGAACUUAUUUUUACUAAAAACGACGAGAACUUCGUGGAAGCGUUUGCUAUAUUCUGCGGAAUGGGUAUCCAUAACACGCACAUGUACGAGAAAGCAAUCGUGGCGAUGGCGAAGCAAAGUGUCACGUUGGAAGUGCUGAGCUACCAUGCCUCGGCCACGAUGGAUGAUGCUUAUCGGUUACGACAACUUAAAGUCCCAUCGGCAGCAUACUUUCAGCUGCAUGAUUUCAAGUUUGACGAUCUGGAGAUGGAUGAUGAUGACACACUGAAGGCCUGCCUGCGAAUGUUCCUAGAUUUGGAUCUGGUCGAGAGAUUCCACAUAGACUACGAGGUGCUGUGUCGGUGGUUGCUAUCUGUGAAGAAAAACUACCGAAACGUUACCUACCACAAUUGGCGGCAUGCGUUCAAUGUGACCCAGAUGAUGUUCGCGAUCCUAACCUCGACACAGUGGUGGAAAAUAUUCGGUGAGAUCGAGUGUCUUGCACUGAUUAUUGCCUGUUUAUGUCACGAUCUCGAUCACCGUGGGACCAAUAAUUCGUUUCAAAUUAAAGCAUCAUCACCUCUAGCUCAAUUAUACUCCACUUCGACAAUGGAACAUCACCACUUUGAUCAAUGUUUGAUGAUCAUCAACAGUCCUGGGAAUCAAAUUUUGUUGAAUAUGUCAUCCGAGGAUUAUAGCCGCGUUAUAAAAGUAUUAGAGGACGCGAUCCUGUCGACCGAUCUGGCGGUGUACUUCAGGAAGCGUGGCGCAUUUCUGAAUCUAGCAAAACCAAAUACCCAACCUACGCUGUGGCAAACGGAAGAACCCCGCUCGCUACUGCGAGCGAUGAGCAUGACGGUGUGCGAUCUGGCGGCCAUCACUAAGCCUUGGGAGAUCGAGAAACGGGUCGCGGAGCUCGUGAGUUCCGAGUUCUUCGAGCAGGGUGACAUGGAACGGCACGGUUUGAACAUUACACCGAUAGACAUAAUGGAUCGCGAGAAAGAAGAUCAGUUACCAAUGAUGCAAGUUGGAUUCAUCGAUUCGAUUUGCUUGCCCAUUUAUGAGGCAUUUGCUUCUCUCUCAGACAAAUUGGAGCCCCUAGUUGAGGGAGUCAGAACUAACAAGAAACACUGGAUUGAUUUGGCGCAGAGUUCGGAGGCAAAGUUUGUGAAUAACAAUAACGACGCCACGAGUCAGAAUAACAACAGCCAGAGUUCCAACAACGGCUGCGAAAAAUUCAGUGAAAAUAAACGACCUACAUUAGGAUCACCCACAAGUAAAGUCGAAUGCAGUAAGGAAGGUGAAAGUCAGGGUACUGAUAACGAUAACCAUAGUAUAGGUAGCCACGAGAUCAAUAGUACUAGCAACUUUGCGGAGAAGAUUGUCGGUCGACUGGGUGUGGAUCUGACAACGACCUCCCCCUUUACCGAGGUCCCGUCCUAUCUAAUGACUAAGAAGGAGAACGGUUGGGUACACCAUGGCACUGAUAAAAUUCGGCUUCUUCGGUUAACCUCACUAGAGGAUAAGGCCGGCUGCGGCGAGCAACCCGUUCUGGACCAAUGAAACAAACAAAACUUACAUUCACAAAUAUUUUCACUUACCCGCGACAAGUAUUCAACAAUAAACGUACGAAUUUAUCCUAGCCACUUCGCGAGACCAUUUUCCACAUCCACACAAAUCGAGCAAACUUUUUUCACCGCCUAAGUUAUUUUAUUCUCGCUUCAGAAAGCUCUCUGUGAGGCUAAGCGCUUCCUAAAACAAAACGUGUUCACAUGUGCUUACAUGUGCAACUGGUUUCAAUUGUUGUGGAUUCCAUAAAAUACACAAAAAAAACAAGAUGAUGAUGAUGAUGUUGGAUUAAAGAGGCUUUAAACUUUUCAGUUCGUUCACCUCUAAACAAAAACAAGACAAAAUCGUCAUCCAAUUUGAAAAUUCUUUGAUGUGGUGCUACAUUGAUGUAUAUACACAAAACCCAAUCCCGGAUUCUCAUGUGUUUCUGUAGAUUACUUAAGGAUACAAUAAUACAAUAAUAAAAAAAAAUGCAGCACUAGUCAGCAGAUUAUAAUAUAGUACUUUGUAAAAUUUGUAUAGGCUGUAAGAGGUAAGCUAGCGAGUAAUUGCGAAUGGUGUGCAACAAUGAAGCGCUGGAAACGAAUUGAUGAAUACGAAGCCAACUCAAUGAUUUGGUGGGAAUAACAUCUGGAGGGCAUGAAUCGAUUCGAUGAGAUUGUUACUAAGGCGAUGUUAGCGAGCGUUAUUACUUCAGAUAGUUUGAAUCCUGAUUCCUUUCCACUGCACCGAUAAGAUUAAUGUAAUAUUAAAUCUGUAAACCGAACACAAAUACUA